AACACAUGAAACUCAUGAAAGCAUGUGUAUAGCGAGUCGACGUAGUAAUUUGGUUAUAAUUGAUCGAUAUUUAUCAGUUUAUGAAUAAAAAUCAUGCCUAAACCAAUAUUAUUUGAUGAGGAAUCAGAGGAAGAGGUUACACUAAAAACCGAGAAUGAUUACGCAAAGAAAUAUGACAAAUGGCGAGAAAAGGAAGAACUGCAUAAACUGGAGCAGAAAUACGGGUCAAAGCCAUUAAAUUCUGAUGGAGAACCUACGUCUGACAGUGAAGAUGAGAGUGACGCGCCUCCUGAGGUAAGCGAGGAGAUGGAGGCCCAGUUCCUGAAGACAUUAUCACUGCUGAAGACGAAGGACCCGAGAAUCUAUGACCCACAGUACAAGUUCUUUGAUGAGAGCCAAAAGAAAGAACCAGAAGAAAAGCCCAAAACAAAGCAACUGACAUUUGCUGACAGUGAUGAUGACGAUGAUGAUGGCAACAUCUUUAGCAUUGAGAAGAAAGCUGAGAUCACAGAGGAUAAGAAACAGAGGAAAACUUCAGAAACUAAGGAAAUAAAACUGAAAGAAUAUUUGACUGGUGAGGCUGACCACAUAGAUGAUCCAGUGGAGAAAGACCUGGCGCCACUGAAGGCGCUCUGGUCUGACCCCAAGCUGAAUGAGGGUGAAGCCUUCCUAAGAGACUAUAUACUUAACAAACGUUAUCUGGAGGAGGGGGAUGUAGGCGACGCCGAGGACAAGAUCCGUGAUGACGAAGAGCUGGAGGCGGACGAGGAGCGCGUCGAGGAGCAAGGCAAGUUCGAGCGCGCGUACAACUUCCGCUUCGAGGAGCCCGACCAGGAAUAUCUGAAACGAUUCCCUCGCACAAUGAACUAUAUCCGUCCGAAAGACGACAAACGUUCUCGCAAACGUGCGGAAGUCCGCUCGCGGAAGGAGGAGGAGAAGCAGAGAAAAAUGGAGGAGAUCGCGCGGCUCAAGGCGCUCAAGUUGAAGGAAAUACAGGAGAAGAUAGCCAGGAUCAAGGAGGUCACGGGAAAUGAGGAGCUGGCUUUUAAGGAGGAGGACUUGGAGAGCGAGUUCGACCCGGCGGAGCACGACAAGCGCAUGCGCGAGAUAUUCGACGAGCAGUACUACGGAGACGCUGACGACACCAAGCCCGUGUUCCCCGACCUCGAUGAUGAACUGGAGAUCGAGAACUGGGAGAAGUACGAGCCUGAACACGAAGCCGUGCAGGAGGACGAGGAAGGUCCGCACUGCGAAGAUGACGACUUUAAUAUGGACGCCGAAUACGAUCCAAAACAAGCUCGAGGGAAUCUUCUAGAAGAAUUAAAGAAGACUCUUGGUAAGAAGCGUAGGAACAGAAAGAAGAAGUCCAAGUUAGCAGAACUGUUAUCAUCGGAGAAACCCAAGUUCGUCCCGACUGUGGAAGACAAGACUUAUGAUCAGUACAUGGAGGAAUACUACAAAAUGGAUUGUGAAGAUGUGAUAGGAGGGGACCUGCCGACAAGGUUCAAGUACAGGGAGGUCGUGCCAAACGAUUAUGGACUUACUGUUGAAGAGAUUCUUCUAGCGGAUGAUAAAGAGCUGACACAGUGGGUGCCUCUGAAGAAGAUCCUGAAACACCGUCCCGACAACGUAGAGAAGGGAGACGCCAAGACCUACGCACAGAAGGCGGCAGACGUGCGCCUCAAGAAGAAGAUCCUGCCCAGUCUGUUCAAGGACCUGCCUGAGGAACCAGAGAUCGUUGUGCCUAUAGAAGAAACCAAAAAGAAAAAGAAGAAAAAGAACAAACAGAAGAACACAGAAGAUGGUACUGUAGCGGAGGCUGAACAAGAACAAGCCGAGGGAGAAGUUGUUGAAGAACUAACCGAAAACAACAAAGUUGAGGAAACCUCGAAAAAGAAGAAGAAAGACAAACAUAAGAAGAACGCGACUGAAGAAGAUCAGCAAAUAGAAGAAGGAACAAAUCCAGAAGUAAAUGGAGAUGUUAAACAAAAGAAGAAGAAAAAGAAACAUAAAACUGAUGGUUUUAGUGUAGAAAAUGUAAACAAUGAUAAACCUACUCAAGAGACCUCACAGGAUAAUGUUAUAGUCAGAGAAGGCAAGAAAAAGAAGAACAAGCAGAGUAAAGUUAAUGAAAAUGGUGACUCUGUAGAAACUAGCGCUGCAAAAGAGCAGAAUAAAGAUAGUUCGCUAACAGACUCCAACGAAACUCCGUCAAAGAAGAAAGAUAAGAACUUGAAACGUAAAGCAGACACAAACGCAGCAGAACCAAGUAAGAAGAAGAAGAAAGGUAACAAAGAAUUCAAGAAGAAUUUCAAAAACGAUAAGUUUAAGAAUAAGAAUAAAGUUGGUCAACCUGUCAACCCUCUAGUCAACCUGUCAGAUGAGAGGUUGAAAGCAUUCGGGUUGAACCCCAAGAGGUACAAGAACUUCAUGAAGUUCAAGAAGUUUUAAGAGAUUUACAAAUGAAUGUAGAUUUGUAUAUAUCAAAAUAUCAAUAAAAUUAUGUUCAGUGUAAAUGUAAAUAAAGUAUAUUUUUCUUUUUUUUCUAUUAUCCUCGUUGAUAGGUUGAGCUAUGCUUGUUAAGGUUAUUAAUGA